UCAGUCUACCGUUGGAAGGUGUCGUGACCGCCGGGGCCCUUUCUGCGCUGUAUCGGACCGUGUCAGUGAUCUUCGCGCCUCAAAACGCGUCGCAGGUUAUAAAUAACCUCGCACUACUUGUUAGAACAUAGUUAAGCCGAGUGGCGCGUGCGGCCAAACCCUCAGCAUUCUCAGUCACGCACGAUGCACCGUCGCAGUGAAAGUGUCGUUUGAGAAAGUUUCGAGCGUGUUGUGUGUUGCAUUCCAAGUUGGUCCCACAAUACCGGCGGGAACGCAAACUCUACCGAGCACCAAAGAAAAAGUCAUGACCAUGGAGAGCCCACCGGAAGAGGUGGUCCACCAGACGGGUCAGCUGUGGUUCCAGACGGCCGAUUACGUCAUCUUUUGCGUGAUGCUCGGCUUGUCCACGCUGAUCGGGCUGUAUUACGGAUUCUUCGCCAAGCAAAAGCAGGACAACACCGCCGAGUAUCUGCUCGGUAGCAAGCAGAUGAAGGUGUUUCCGGUGGCGAUGUCACUGACGGCGACCCACAUCUCCGCCGUCACGAUGCUGGGCGUCCCGGCCGAGAUGUACCGGUACGGCAUCCAGUACUGGGCCUGCUCCAUCUCCGGGCUGAUCGUGACCAUCUUCAUGGUGUACGUGUUCCUGCCGGUGUUCUUCGAGCUGCAGACCACGUCCUGCUACGCCUACCUGGAGCAACGCUUUAGCCGACGGGUGCGCACUCUGGCCAGCUUCCUGUACGUGCUGUACUGCUUGCUGAACGUUCCGGUGCUGAUCUACACUCCGGCGAUCGCGUUCAGCCAAGUGACGGGGAUUAAACUGCACAUUAUCACACCGAUCAUUUGCUGCAUCUGCAUAUUCUACACCACGUUUGGGGGAAUACGAGCCGUCAUCUGGACCGAUACGCUACAGUUUGGGUCCAUGAUAGUGGCGCUGUGCGUAGUGAUGACCAUCGGAACGCUGCAGAUGGGUGGGAUCAUAAACAUCUUCGAGCUUGCCGAUGCCGGUGGAAGGUUGAUCUGGUUCAACAUGGAUCCCGACCCCUCGUUACGAUCCUCGUUCUGGCUGGUAUCACUGGGACUAACCUCGAUGUGGGUUUCCAACAUCGGAGUCACGCCGGAGUGCGUCCAGCGAUUCCUCACCGUGCCCGAUCUUAGCAGUGCCAAAAAGGCCGUCUGGAUCUUCGGCGUAGGUCACAUUAUCGUAAAGCUUUGCUCCGUGUAUAACGGUCUGCUGAUCUUCAGCAAGUACCACGACUGCGAUCCGGUCCACUCCGGAUUGGUUCAGAAGAACGAUCAAAUCUUCCCCUACUUUGUGCUCGAGGUGGCCCAAAAGAUCCCCGGGCUGCCCGGAAUGUUCGUGGUCGGGUUCUUCUCGGCCGCCCUGUCGUCCAUGUCAACGCUCAUGAACACCCUGUCCGGGACGAUCUACGACGACUUUGUGAAGCCCCACUUUAGCUUCAGCGAACGCACGGCCAGUAACGUCAUCAAGACGAUGGUCGUCACGAUCGGAGUGAUCUGUCUGCUGCUGGUGUUCGUCGUGGAGAAGCUCGGUUCCGUGUUCAGUUUGGCCAUCUCGGUGUCCGGGGUGACGUCCGGAACGUUGCUGGGAAUUUUUUUCCUGGGAAUGUUUUCGCCGUACAUUAAUGCGAAGGGUGCGUUCUGGGGAGCAAUAAUAUCGUUGGGAUCCAUGUGUUUCAUUGCUGCUGGAGCACAGUUGGAAAUUCUAGACGGAAACCUGAAGUAUCCAAGUCUUCCGCUGCAUUACGAUGGCUGUGAUGGAUUCAAUGCAACCGGCACCGCCAACAGCACGUUCUACAUCGACGCCGCGGGCCACGACAACUCCGCCGUGCCGUGGGUCUUCCGGCUGGGCUUCAUGUACUACUCGCUGCUGGGCACGAUCAUCGCCGUGCUGGCCGGGACCGUCAUCAGCUACGCGACCGGCGGCCAGCAGAAACCCAUCUCGGACCGACUGCUCACGCCGUGGGUUCGCUCCUGGUACAAAUCCGUCCGCAGCGUCGACGACUACGAGUACAAACAACCCCCGCAGCAAAUGCAGGUGCUGCUCGGGGUGAAAGAUCCGGCCAAAAUUCACAAAUAAUAACGAUUACGACGAAUGCAUGGAAUUUUUUGUUGUUUUGUAUUUGUAAUGUAAAGUAAAUGUAGAUAUCUAUAAUACAAAAAUAACUUAAGCCUA